GUGAUAUGCAAAUCGGCACAUACCUACAGAACACGGCCUUACUAUCGGAACUGUCCGGCAAUAUAGUGGACAUCUGUCCGGUGGGCGCCCUCACCAGCAAACCCUAUACGUUCACCGGCAGGCCCUGGGAGUUGAGACGUUUCGAUUCGGUGGACGUGAUGGACGCCGUCGGCUCCAACAUCUCUGUGUGCCAGCGAUCGGGAGAUCUGUUGCGCAUAAUUCCGCGCCUUAACGAAGAGGUGAACGAGGAGUGGUUGGCCGACAAGUCCCGUCACGCGCCGAUCGACGGUCUCAAGCGUCAGCGGCUGACCGUUCCGCUGGUGCGCCCGUCCAGCGACUCACACCUCCAAGAGUGUGAUUGGGAGGACGCGCUCAUAUCGGUGGGCCAGGCGUUCAAUCACGUGGACCCCCGGCGUAUGGUCGCCAUUGUGGGGCCGCACACCGACGCCGAGACAAUGGUCGCCGUCAAAGAUCUGCUCAAUAGGGUCGGCUCCGAGAAUGUGUUCGUCCACUCGGACCCCGAUGUCGACCCGAGUGCGACCCCCACAGGGGCUGACAUAGACUUCCGGCACAACUAUUUGUUUAAUACCGGAAUCGCUGACAUCGAGAGCAGCGAUUUUGUUCUCCUGGUGGGCACUAACCCGCGUCUGGAGGCGCCGCUCGUGAACGCCCGCAUCCGCAAGUCGUGGCGCAACUCCUGGAUCGAAGACAUCGCUCUCAUUGGUCCCAAAGGGCUGGAUCUGCUCUAUGAUUACGAGUGGUUGGGCGACGACAUGAAGACGUUGAAAGCGGUGGCCGACGGCUCGCACGCCAUCAAUAAGCGCUUGUCUGCCGCUAAGAAACCGGUCGUCAUAUUAGGGCAACAAAUACUCCGA